GUUGGCAGGGUGUGGAUUGCACCAUCUCGUGCUCCAGUGAUAACUGGGGUCUGAACUGUAAUCAGACGUGCCUGUGUGCCAACGGGGCGGCCUGUGACCCGGGCAAUGGAACCUGUACCUGCUCCCCCGGCUGGAUGGACGAGUACUGUGACACAACCUGUCCCGAGGGCACGUAUGGAGAACAGUGUCGAGAGCAGUGUGACUGUAUCCAUGCCGAUGGCUGUGACCCUGUGAGAGGCGACUGUCGCUGUCUGGCUGGAUGGACUGGUGUGAACUGUGACAGUGUGUGUGUGGAGGGCCGAUGGGGCCCAGACUGCUCCUACUCCUGUACCUGUGAGAACGGAGGCUCCUGCUCACCGGAGGACGGGACGUGUGUGUGUGCCCCCGGAUACAGAGGCACUUCCUGCAGACGCAUCUGUUCUCCAGGGUUCUAUGGUCAGCGCUGCAGUCAGUCCUGUCCUCAGUGUAUCCAUAGCGAUGGUCCCUGUCACCACAUCACAGGACACUGUGAGUGUCUGUCAGGAUUCUGUGGCUCUCUGUGUAACCAAGUGUGUCCCAGUGGCAGGUAUGGGAAGGGCUGUGCAGAGCUGUGUAUGUGUAGUAACAACGGGACCUGUAACCCCAUCGAUGGAUCCUGUCAGUGCUACCCAGGAUGGAUCGGAGAGGACUGCUCUAAAGUGUGUCCCCAGGGUGCGUGGGGUCCAGACUGCAUCCAUACCUGUAACUGUCACAACGGGGCUCAGUGCAUCGCUACAGACGGACAGUGUAGCUGCAGCGCAGGGUGGAGCGGACUCUACUGUACACAACGUUGUAGUUCAGGGUUCUUUGGUACCGACUGCUCUGAGGUGUGUCGGUGUCAGAACGGAGCGGACUGUGACCACAUCACUGGCCAGUGCUCCUGUCGGACCGGAUUCAUCGGACACAGCUGUGAACUCAAGUGUCGUCCUGGUACGUUUGGCUACGGCUGUCAGCAGCUGUGUGUGUGUAUGAACAACGCCACCUGUGACUAUGUGACUGGAACCUGCUACUGCAGCAUCGGAUACAAAGGCAUCCGCUGUGACCAGGCUGCCCUGAUGAUGGAGGAGCUGAAUCCUUACACUAAGAUCAGCCCGGCCUUGGCAUCAGAGCACCAGUCAACGGGCGCUGUCAUGGGCAUCAUCUUCCUCCUCCUCUUCAUCAUGACCGUGUUGGGGGUGGUGGUGUGGUGGCGGCAUCACCAGAGAGAGAAAGGAGGGCAGCACAUGCCCAGUGUGUCCUACAGCCCUGCCCUGAGGAUCAGCAGCCAGGGUUACGCCCUCUCUGACUCCUCUCCUACCAUCAGCAACGUCAGUCGUUGUUUCACUAACCCCUCCUACCACACUCUGGGAGCAUGUACCUACGCUGGCCACUACGCCAAGCCUUACAAGAAGACCAGAAGGGCCAAGGUGAAGGACAAGAGGUUAAACAGGAAUAGUGCUCCAGAGUGGACAGCCUACUAUAACCUCGAUGAACUGGGUGUGUACCGUGUAGACAGACGCUACAGCUCCUACCAUGAACAGUACCACAGAGACUACAUGAAGGGUUCCCUGUCCAGCACCUGCUCUCUGAACAGUGAGAACCCCUACGCCACCAUCAAUGACCCACAGGCCGUGGUCUGUAAACACACAGAGAGCAGCUAUGUAGAGAUGAAGAGUCCUGUCCACCACGACAUGUCCUACUGCCCCUCUGCUAUAGUCACCACCACCGCCACACACACCGUCAGCAAGAACGUCUAUGAUGUGGAACCCAAGGUGAGUGUUCUCCAGGGCUGUAACGGUGUGGUGGUUCCCACGUACCCUCAGAACCCGUACGACCUCCCCAGGAAUAGCCACAUCCCCAGCCACUACGACCUGCUGCCCCUGAGACACAGCCAGAGCAACAGCCCUACACACAGCCAGGACCACAGCCACCAGAGCCACAGCCCACCCUUGCCCGGCAGCCCUACCAGCUCCCUGCUAUAGACAGACCACUCCCGAACGCAGGGCCGCGACCUUAGACCUAUGACUUACCGUUGGGGCACGGUCUGCUCCACCUGGGGUUGCGGAUAAAGACUGUAAUGUGACUAUAGAGACAAAGUACCAGUGCAACAUCAAUGUUGGUGGACACACUAGAUGAUAUACCAACAGAAGCUCUGUGUGGACUCACUGCCGUGUGGACUCACUGCCGUGUGGACUCACUGCUGUGUGGACUCACUACCGUGUGGACUCACUGCUGUGUGGACUCACUGCUGUGUGGACUCACUACCGUGUGGACUCACUGCCGUGUGGACUCACUGCUGUGUGGACUCACUACCGUGUGGACUCACUGCCGUGUGGACUCACUGCCGUGUGGACUCACUACCGUGUGGACUCACUGCUGUGUGGACUCACUACCGUGUGGACUCACUACCGUGUGGACUCACUGCCGUGUGGACUCACUGCCGUGUGGACUCACUACCGUGUGGACUCACUGCCGUGUGGACUCACUGCCGUGUGGACUCACUGCUGUGUGGACUCACUGCUGUGUGGACUCACUGCUGUGUGGACUCACUACCGUGUGGACUCACUGCUGUGUGGACUCACUACCGUGUGGACUCACUGCUGUGUGGACUCACUGCUGUGUGGACUCACUACCGUGUGGACUCACUGCUGUGUGGACUCACUACCGUGUGGACUCACUGCUGUGUGGACUCACUACCGUGUGGACUCACUACCGUGUGGACUCACUGCCGUGUGGACUCACUACCGUGUGGACUCACUACCGUGUGGACUCACUGCUGUGUGGACUCACUGCUGUGUGGACUCACUGCUGUGUGGACUCACUACCGUGUGGACUCACUGCUGUGUGGACUCACUACCGUGUGGACUCACUGCUGUGUGGACUCACUACCGUGUGGACUCACUACCGUGUGGACUCACUGCCGUGUGGACUCACUACCGUGUGGACUCACUGCUGUGUGGACUCACUACCGUGUGGACUCACUACCGUGUGGACUCACUGCUGUGUGGACUCACUACCGUGUGGACUCACUGCCGUGUGGACUCACUGCUGUGUGGACUCACUGCUGUGUGGACUCACUACCGUGUGGACUCACUACCGUGUGGACUCACUACCGUGUGGACUCACUGCUGUGUGGACUCACUACCGUGUGGACUCACUGCUGUGUGGACUCACUGCUGUGUGGACUCACUACCGUGUGGACUCACUGCUGUGUGGACUCACUACCGUGUGGACUCACUGCUGUGUGGACUCACUGCUGUGUGGACUCACUGCUGUGUGGACUCACUGCUGUGUGGACUCACUACCGUGUGGACUCACUGCUGUGUGGACUCACUGCUGUGUGGACUCACUACCGUGUGGACUCACUACCGUGUGGACUCACUGAUGUGUGGACUCACUACCGUGUGGACUCACUACCGUGUGGACUCACUGCUGUGUGGACUCACUACCGUGUGGACUCACUACCGUGUGGACUCACUGAUGUGUGGACUCACUACUGUGUGGACUCACUGGUGUGUGGACUCACUGCCGUGUGGACUCACUACCGUGUGGACUCACUGCCGUGUGGACUCACUGCUGUGUGGACUCACUACCGUGUGGACUCACUGCUGUGUGGACUCACUGCUGUGUGGACUCACUGCUGUGUGGACUCACUGCUGUGUGGACUCACUGCCGUGUGGACUCACUGCCGUGUGGACUCACUGCUGUGUGGACUCACUGUUGUGUGGACUCACUACCGUGUGGUAGUGGAUAAAGCAUACUGAACGUGUAAUAUAUUACAGCGAUGUGAAGUGUCUGAGGAAGACACUGGGAAGUCAUAUAACUACAGGAGAUGUGUGGUACCCUCUUUGUUUACACUCUGGCUCGGUGGAGGACACACACACACAUCCUAGGAAAGGUAGGAAGGACACACACACACAUCCUAGGGAAGGAAGGAAGGACACACACACGCACACACUAUGAAACAGACCAGUGGAGUCCUCUAUAUAGUCAUGUCUGGCUCAGUGAUUCUAUUCCAUGUCUGGAUUGGGUGACCAGAGAACCAACCAGGCUGCCUCUAGAGGAGGACAUAACCACCAGGAACCAACCAGGCUGCCCCUAGAGGAGGACAUAACCACCAGGAACCAACCAGGCUGCCCCUUGAGGAGGACAUAACCACCAGGAACCAACCAGGCUGCCCCUAGAGGAGGACAUAACCACCAGGAACCAACCAGGCUGCCCCUAGAGGAGGACAUAACCACCAGGAACCAACCAGGCUGCCCCUAGAGGAGGAUAAAACCACCAGGAACCAACCAGGCUGCCCCUAGAGGAGGAUAAAACCACCAGGAACCAACCAGGCUGCCCCUAGAGGAGGACAUAACCACCAGGAACCAACCAGGCUGCCCCUAGAGGAGGACAUAACCACCAGGAACCAACCAGGCUGCCCCUAGAGGAAGACAAACCCACCAGGAACCAACCAGGCUGCCCCUAGAGGAGGACAAACCCACCAGGAACCAACCAGGCUGCCCCUAGAGGAAGACAAACCCACCAGGAACCAACCAGGCUGCCCCUAGAGGAGGACAAACCCACCAGGAACCAACCAGGCUGCCCCUAGAGGAAGACAAACCACCAGGAACCAACCAGGCUGCCCCUAGAGGAAGACAAAACCACCAGGAACCAACCAGGCUGCCCCUAGAGGAGGACAAACCCACCAGGAACCAACCAGGCUGCCCCUAGAGGAAGACAAAACCACCAGGAACCAACCAGGCUGCCCCUAGAGGAGGACAAACCCACCAGGAACCAACCAGGCUGCCCCUAGAGGAGGACAAACCCACCAGGAACCAACCAGGCUGCCCCUAGAGGAGGACAAACCCACCAGGAACCAACCAGGCUGCCCCUAGAGGAGGACAAACCCACCAGGAACCAACCAGGCUGCCCCUAGAGGAGGACAAACCCACCAGGAACCAACCAGGCUGCCCCUAGAGGAAGACAAAACCACCAGGAACCAACCAGGCUGCCCCUAGAGGAGGACAAACCCACCAGGAACCAACCAGGCUGCCCCUAGAGGAGGACAAACCCACCAGGAACCAACCAGGCUGCCCCUAGAGGAGGACAAAACCACCAGGAACCAACCAGGCUGCCCCUAGAGGAGGACAAACCACCAGGAACCAACCAGGCUGCCCCUAGAGGAGGACAAACCCACCAGGAACCAACCAGGCUGCCCCUAGAGGAAGACAAAACCACCAGGAACCAACCAGGCUGCCCCUAGAGGAAGAGAAACCAACAACUGUCUCAGAUGAGACCAGCUUGGAGCAUCAUCAAAAGGCCAUUAGAUCUGCCUUUCUAUCAGGCAGUGGACUGAGAAGUAAUAAGAGACAGUCAUUACAGGACCUGAAUGGCGACUGACUGGGCUUGGAUUCCCUGUUCUAUUGUAUAUUGAUAUCGCCAGCAACACAGCUAACACUCAUAUAACUGCAGAUGAAGGAGAAGAGACAAUGACAGUUCCCAGACAAACCAGGAUUGUAUUAAUUAGGCACCGACAGUCUUUGAAAGAAGACAACGGACUGAAACAGGGAGGCACUACCUUUUCGUUUUUCCAUUGCAAAACGUUUUUCAACGGUGUGCACUAAUGAAUACGACCCAUGGUUAUAUACUGUAUAAAAAAAUAUCUAUAUAUCUAUAAAAAAAAAAACACUUAUCUUCUACAACUCAUUUUGACACAUCUUUGCUUAUUUCAUGUUUAUAUUUUUAUGAUCCUUUAACAGGUCCAUAUUUUGUCUUUCGGGAAAAGUUCUCUUUUUGUAUGUAUUGUAUAUAAAGUUAAGGAAUUGAAUAUUGGCGUUACAGUAUUGUUAGUGACUUUAUGUUGUGUAAUGCUGGUAAAUGUGCAUGAAUCUAAGUAUAGUAGUAUACAGAGAAUAGCCCUAAUGUCAUUGUUAAACUAUUUGGUACAAACAAACUGUUAUUUCUUGGACUUUACCCACUGUCCGUUUUGACCACGGGAAUGAGUCCUCGUUGAACUGCUUUACAAGAAUAUGCAGAGACACGCGAAGGAAACGGACAACUGUUCAGGAAGUAUUUAUGCUGCCAACAUGUUCUCUGGAGAUGCAGAAGUCCCAUUUCCAAAUGUAGCACCUUUGUCGAGAAACCAGUUAAUGUUUUGUGAACGAUGCGUCACCAUUUUAAGUUACAGUAACGCUGUAAUGAUUAUAUAUAUAUAGUAUACUGACACCCAGUGACACAAUCCAAUGGAACUAUUACAUUGAUCUCUGUCUCUACAUGGAUAUUUCACCAAUUCAGCCAAUAACAAUGACAUGUUUAUGACAGACCCGAUUCAGACUUGAGGUUAAGUAACACUUAACAUGCACUUUAAGACAACAUAUCCAUGUCUGAAUCGGGCCCAACAUGAGUAACAGGACAAUAAUACACAAGACAGUAUUGACAGUAUUUUUUUCUCCUCAUGGCUUUGUUAGUUUGUUAGUUGAUAUUUCUCCUCAUAAGGAUAAGAUGUACGUCCCAACUCGCACCCUAUUUCCUUCGUAGUGCACCAGAGCACUGGUCAAAAGUGGUUCACUACUAAAAGUUUAGGGUGCCAUUUGGGACAUUCUAGAAUAGUCUGUUGUAACCUAGUAGUACCCAACACUGCUUUGACUUUUUCCUAUUUUAAAGUGUUUUAAACUUCAAUAAAGAUGCCAUAUCUCAGGGCUA